AUGCCACAGGUCAACAGAGCGGAGAUCAAAGCCAGUUGGCGAUCGGCCCUGAGGUCCAGCGAAAUGACGGUAUAUAGCCAACAGUUCCAGUCGCUCCAGCCUUUGGUAAACACCAACUACCAGCAAAGCCAAAGCUCGCAGUUCCACCAGGGACAGUACCUUGCCGGUGCUCAGCAAGCUUAUGGUCAACCGUUCCACCUGACAGCUCAAGAUCGAGUGCGAUAUGUUGCCCGGUCCGAGAAGGUUGCUAGACUGAAGCAGGCAAUGAGGCUACAGCGGUUGAGGCACGAAAAACUGAUGAUCGCAUACCGACGGUAUCUAGCUUUCCAUCGACAGCAGCAGCACCAACUCGCUCCCACUGUGCCGCAAAUAUGGUAUCAGCCAUACCAAAAUCUGAACGGGACGUAUCAACAGUCCGGGGUUCCUUCGUAUCAAGGCGAAAUGCCUUCCGCGCAGAUUGAGACUCCGGGGUCGUCUUAUUUUCAACCAUCGCAUCAGAGUUUCGCAGCAUCCUCUUCCACCUCGACUACCUUGUAUUCUGCUCCUACUCUCGACUCUACGACUCCGAACUCAAAUUCACGAGAUUUCUGGUCUCAGAACGGUAUGAUGCUAGACUCGGACAGGGGAGUCCAGGCAGUUCCUGCCCAGCAGCAAGAGCAAGAACAUGGUGUACAACAGCCUCAGCCCCAGUUCAUUCCUCAAUCCGCCACCUUCGACUUUACGUUCCAAUCUCAGGACAUCCAGGGUAUUAGAGACGUCCAUUCACGGGUUGAGCAAGCGAUGGCAAUGCAGAGUGAGAAUGGUCAAGAGGUCGACAUUGGGGAUGAGAGCGAUGAUGAAUCCCUGUUUGGGGGCGAAGGCGGAUACGGAGAAGAAGAAGAAGGGUUCGCAUUGCCUGGUUCUAAGGAUGCAACCGUUCUGAUACCGACAGUAAAUGGGAUUGAAGUGGGAGAUGAUGAUGACUUUCUCUGCGCCGCUUUCUCAACGGAUGAACCGGCGCCGGGACUGCCGCCUGCUGCUAUCAUUCGGGCGAAACCCAAGUUAACCAAGGCAGCCUCGAUAUUCGACUUGGAGGCCGAACUCCAGAAGAAUUACGACUUGUUGAAGUCCCCUUCGCCUUCUCCUGCCAGCAUGCCUGCGAGUAAACUUUCGAAAAGCCCUGCCGGCUCCACCAAGCGGAAGACUAAAAAACGAGGAACAAGCGAAAAGAAACCAGCCCAUGAAACGAUUCCCCAAUCGAGUGGCUCGUCCAUACUUGGUAAACAUCCUCGAGAAAUGACAAACUCUGAGCUCGAUGACCCGAAUUUAGUAUGGAUCCAUCCAGACGAACUUUCCGUAGAACUAAUAAGGAGACACUAUGGCGUUCAAUUGAUUAAGGUCCCGGAUUGUCCCUCUGGCGUUGUUUGUUGUUUACCCCCACUCCAAUAUACGCACGAUGAUCAAGGACAGGUGGUCAACGUCGUCGAGGAGGAUACCACGGAGACUAUGUCGAUCACCUCCAAACGAAAAAUCUGCUCGUUCGCAAUAGACACUGCAACGCCUGUGGAGGUCGAGCUACACUUCCACUGCCAUCGAAUUGCGACCGAGAACAAGAUGAGGGCUUUUCAUGCUGCUGGAUUACAUAGCACGUAUCAGUGCAUGUGGCACUACGACGAACGGGAUAAAACUGAAAUCCAAGGACGAGCGCGGGGAUUCCGCCGGGGAAUCUUCUGCCACGAGGUAUCCUUCACCAAAAGCAGCUCGUUCAACACGUAUGGCGCGCUGGCUCGACACUGGAACACACAUGCAGCACACAAGUUGUUGCAGCGAUUCUGUCCGCUACUAGGAUGCAAUGAGGUUAUUUCGACAGAAGGGAGGAGUGGAUUGGGGGAACAUAUGAGAGAGUGUCAUACUCAGUAUAUGUCGGGGUAUUAUUUCUAG